AUGUCGUUUUCCUGAUCUCCACACCGUCCCCUAAACCUCGUCGAGUCCCGUUCACUUUCCCGUCUUGUUUUUCCAGACGGGCUUGUAGUGUACCAUCCCGUUGAUGGGAAGAAUCAAGGGCCAAUCAAUACUGGUUUGGUUGUGACCCCCCCCAGUUGAGACCUCAACGAACGCACCAGCAAGGCUUAAAAUUGAAGGGAGGUGAAAAGUUUAGGCCCCCAAAAAGCCAUACCGGUACUUACUCGCGACGACUGCAAAGGCCCCGCGGGAGAGCGGGAAAAGACACCCUCGGACGACGCCAGACAGACGACAGACACCAUGCCCGCCUUCACGGCCCUCGGCGGCGGCUGUAUGAGCCGGCGCGCCCGCUUCGUUGCCGUCGCCCUCUUCUUCGUCAUCUCCAUGCUGUUUCUCAGGAACUCGCGACUCGGCAGCGUCGGCGGGUACCUGGACCCCGCCCAGGCAGCUCGGCCGCCACAAGCCGGCGAUGUUGGCAAGCAGUCACAUCGGCAGGACAAGGACCAGGAUCUGCCCGCCGCAAACGGCGAGCCCGACGCCGCGGCCGACCAGCUGAAGGCCGACGCGGAGGGCGAGGACUCGUACCGCGACAAGGACGAGGAGCUCGGCAAGCCCGGCGACCCGGCGCCCGCGACGCCGCCGCCCGCAGACUGCGUGCCAUUCGAGGAGUGGAUGCGGAGGCGGCCCGGGCCGGCGUCCGAGGGCAGGCGUAAGUUCCCCUCCGUCCGGCCGCCGCCGGAAUGUCGCACCUUCCGCCUGCCCGCCAUGGAGAAGCUCAUGACGCGGAUGAAGGCGGUCAUCAAGGACCCGGACAUGUACCGGCUGUUCGAGAACGCGUACCCCAUGACGCUGGACAGCAUGGUCAAGUGGCGCGGCUUCGCGAGCGAGACGGACGAGGAGACGGGCGAGACGAGGGUCACCGACCAGGAGCUCACCUAUGUCAUCACGGGCGACAUCGACGCGCUGUGGCUGAGAGACAGCGCCGAGCAGAUCAGCCCCUACCUGCCCCUCCUCGAGGCGUCCCGCGACAAGGACUCCCUCGCGAGCCUCUGGCGCGGCCUCAUCAACGCGCACUCGCGCUACAUCAUCAUCUCGCCGUACUGCCACAGCUUCCAGCCGCCGCCGGAGAGCGGCAUCCCGCCGACGCACAACGGCGCCUACGUGCACAACAAACCGAUGCCGCCCUACGACCCGCAGAAGGUGUUCGACUGCAAGUGGGAGCUGGACUCGCUCGCCUCGUUCCUCAAGAUGUCCGUGUCGUACGCCGAGAAGACGGGCGACUGGCAGUUCUUCUCCAAGUACGGCUGGGUCGACGCCGUCGAGGCCGCCGUCGACGCCGCGGGCGCCAUGCGGCUGGGCACCUACUCGGCCGAGGGCAAGGUGCAGAGCUCGGCCUGGACGUUCACCGGGUGGACGAACCGCGGCAGCGAGACGCUCACCAACGACGGCCUCGGCAACCCGAGCAAGGAGAACGGCAUGAUCCGCACGGCGUUCCGGCCGUCGGACGACGCGUGCAUCUACCAGUUCCUCGUGCCGGCCAACAUGAUGUGGGCCAAGUACCUCGAGUCGGCGUCCGAGAUCAUGGCCCGGCUCGACGGCGACAAGGCGCGCGAGCUGACGGGCAAGAUGCGCGCGCAGGCGCUCGGCAUCCGCCGCGGCAUCGACAAGGACGCCAUCGUGCACAAGCCCGGGUUCGGCGACAUCUUCGCCUACGAGGUGGACGGCUACGGCAGCGCGAACCUGAUGGACGACGCCAACGUGCCCUCGCUGCUCGCCAUGCCGCUGUGGAACUUCACCCGGUCGAGCUUCCGACUGCCCGACCCGCCCGCGGGCGCCGAGCCGCGCGACUACGCCGAGGUGUACCGCAACACGCGCAGGUACGUCCUCAGCGACGCCAACUCGUACUACAUGAAGGGCCCCGUCAUCUCGGCCGUCGGCGGGCCGCACGUCGGCCCCGGCAAGGCGUGGCCGAUGGCGGCGGUCAUCGCGGCCAUCACGGCGUACGACCCCAUCUCCGGGGUCGAGGACGUCGAGAAGGAAGUCGCCGAGCAGCUGCGGAUGGUGCUCGACUCGACCGCGGGCACGGGCGUCCUGCACGAGAGCGUCAACAGCUGGAACGAGAACGACUGGACGCGAGCCUGGUUCGGCUGGGCCAACGGCCUGUUCGGCGAGCUGAUUCUGCGGAUCGAGGACGAGGAGAAGAGGACGAAGGGCGGCGGCGCCGGCGGGCUUUUGGGGAAGAGCUGGCAGGAUCCGCCUGCGUCGAGCUAAGUGACGCCGGCACCGGCGGAACUAGCAGCAGACAUAUGAUUGUCAUACCGGCGUUGUUGUUUAUUAGAUGUAUUAUCAGAUGAGACGAGUUUGCUGUACUAGGUAGAGAGUAUAUGGCCAGUUGGGAGCGCAACACAUUGUGCAAGAUUUCAACUUUGGGCAUCGAAAAAUUGAUGAUAUCGCUUUAUAAAAA